AUGGUAGUCAGGAGGUACUAUGGAAAGAUCUGGCAGGUCAGCCUCCUGACGACUGGCCGGAGACUGAGUCGAAGGUGCGGCAGAGCGGAGACAGCAGAGAGCGCCCUAGGGUCUCCUGAUCAGGAGCUUCAGUCACACCUGAAGAUCAUCAGCCGAUCAGGAGACCAGCUACUUAAGCAGCAGCCAGACGUGUCUUCAGCGCCAGAGUACCUGUCCGCCUGCCCUCACGAGCCAAACCUGAAGACACACUUCUGGAUCUGUAUUCUGUUCUCAGGAGUGAACCAUGGCAAACCCUCAAGAGCCAGACCGGAUGAGAAGGACCCCUGCUGUGAGUCCGAGAGCAAGAGAGCCUGUCUUGCUGUUAGCCUGACUGCUAAGCUGCUGCUGGAUGAAACCCAAGCCUUUCAAAAAGACAUGUACAAAAAAGGUUUGCAGCCCUCUGCCAACCACCUGCCUCUGGACCCUCCUGGUUCCCUCCCUCUGCUGCUCAGCCUGAACCACGUCACAGAGACUCGAUUUUUUGAACUGGAAUCCCUUCACCCUCUUCUUAAAGACCCCAACCUUGAUCUUCGCAUCAUUCAUCUUGUCCGGGAUCCUCGGGCUGUGUAUCGGUCUAAAGAAGAAUCUGCCUUAGCAUUCAAGACUGAUAAUGCCAUUGUCUUAGAACAUAAAAAAGUACCAGAAGCCGAGGAGAAUUAUCAAGCCAUGCAAGAAAUCUGCCAAAGCCACAUCCGAAUCAAUCAAAGUGCCACCCAGAACCCUCCUCCGUUUCUAAGAGGUAGAUACAAAUUGGUCCGUUAUGAAGACGUAACAAGCAAUCCGCUUCAGGAGAUCCAGGAUAUUUAUGAAUUUGUAGGUUUAGAGAUGACUGAUGAGAUGGCAGCAUGGAUAAAUAAUAUGACCCAGCCAAAGGGAAAAGUCAAGGUACAAAAUGCUUUCCAGAUUAACUCCAGAGAUGCUGUUCAAGUGUCCCAAGCUUGGCGCACAACGCUCCCCCACAACAAGGUCAAACGUGUUCAGGAGGUGUGUAAAGAAGCCAUGUCAUUGCUUCACUACAAGACAGUCGGCAGUGAGGAAGAACAGAAGAGACUAGAUAUUGAUCUGUACAGGCCAGGAAAGCCAAAAGGGUUUGCUUGGGACCCUGUUAAACCUCCAGGUACAGGGAGCAGGUAAAACACAUUAAGUCAUAACAAGAUGACUUUAAAGGACUGCGUUCUGUUUCAGAUCCCACUGGAGGCUACAAACCUAGACCGUGCAGCAAAGACCUUUUGAACUGUACAUAGCAAAACACUGAUGCUGUAAUCAAUUAUAUAAGAAACAUCUCUCUCUCUCUCUGUUCAUAUGUUUAGAAGAUCUAAGUGAGGAGUUAGAGACAUUUCUGUUUGUGUUGGUGUGGAAAAAAGAUAAAUGUAUGCAAAAGCAUUCAUUUAUCUUUAUCUGUCAGGAUACAAACAUACAAGAUGAACUCAGCUGUAGCUUUGAUAAAAGUAAGUAAAAACUUUUCCAUGGUGCAUGAUUUGUUUUACAAAUUCUCAACUUAAGUUUUCAAGAAACAUUACUUGUAGCACAUGUCAUGUCAUAUAUGUGCUUCAAAAUGAUCUAGAAAUAAGUAAAAUUUUCUUAAAUUAACUGUGUUUACCCUUAUUUUGAGCAGGUAAAUAAGAUAAGUUGCCAAUGGAAUGAGCAUUUUUACACUUAGUAUAACAUAAUUAGACAAUAUGCAAUUGAAAUAGGACAAUGUAAUUGUAUUUCUUAUUUAAAAUCUAAAUUGUCUUGUUCCAUUGGCAAAGGGUCUCACCCCCCUCUUCCCAUUUCAGGAAAAAAUGUACUUAUUUAGAUAUUAUUAAUAUUUGCAGUGUGUUCAUGUAACCAAUCUAUCCUGAGUAAUGUUACAGAUGAGACAGAGCUUUUCCUCAUGAUGAAGUGAUAGAUCUUAUUGAAUCAUGGUUUUGAUUGUGUUAUGGAUCUACAUUGGUAGUUCUGGAUUGUUUUGCACAUUUUCUAAUUUGCACUAUCAUUGUUGUGCCUUGGUAUUUCUAUAUUAUACCUUUUAACAAACCUGUGUACCUACAUCACCGCAUAUGAGGUCAUUUUAUUCUGAAUCAUUUACAUAUAUUUUUCCUGCUUUUAAAACAUCCCAGUUUGAGUAUUUUCUUAACAGGAAUUAGCCUGAUCGGUCUAUGCAGAUUUUUUUUAAUUCAGCCUUAUUUGAAAUCAAUAUUUGUAUAGUAAAACGUAAUGCCGAGAUAAUUGACAAGAUGGAUUUUUUCUUAAACAUAGUUACA